UUCAAGUCGAGCCGGUGUCAUUGAAUGAGAGCGGAGCAAGACAUUGUAUCGCCCUCAGAAGAGGAGCAACUUACUCAAGUGACAGAGCAAGCCAAGACCUACAGACCAUGGAUCCAGAUGAAAGUUCCACAGAGAUUGAUGAAGGCCUCUACUCCAGGCAACUAUAUGUGCUAGGCCAUGAUGCCAUGAAACGGAUGAAGACUUCGAGUGUGUUGGUCUCUGGGAUGCGAGGACUUGGUGUGGAGAUAGCCAAGAACAUUAUUCUUGGGGGAGUGAAACAGGUGACCGUUCAUGAUGAAGGGAAAGCGGAAUGGAAUGAUCUCUCUUCUCAGUUUUACCUGACGGUAGAUGAUAUCAGGAAGAACAGGGCAGAGGCGUCUGAGCAGAGGCUGGCAGAACUGAACAGUUAUGUUCCUGUAUCCUCAUACACCGGGAAACUAACUGAGCCCUUCUUGCAGCAAUUCCAGGUGGUUGUGCUGACCGAUUCAACACUGGAGGAACAGCUGCAGAUUGGGGAAUUUUGUCAUAAUCAGAACAUCGCGUUUAUUGUGGCGGAUACCAAAGGCUUAUUUGGCCAACUAUUCUGUGACUUUGGGGAAAAAUUCACAGUCAUCGACACGAAUGGUGAAGAACCCCAGACAGCAGUAAUAACCUGGAUCACCAAGGGCAAUCCUGGCCUGGUGACCUGUAUGGAUGAGGCAUGGCACGGAUUUCAGACUGGGGAUUAUGUGACUUUCUCUCAGGUUCAGGGUAUGACUGAACUGAAUAACUGCACACCCAUUGAAAUCCAGGUUAAUGAUCCUUAUUCCUUCUUUAUUGGUGACACGAGUGACUUUAGCGAUUAUGAGAAAGGUGGGAUUGCGAUGGAAGUGAAAAUGCCGCAGACACUGAUGUUUAAAUCCUUUGGGGAGGCACUGAAGGAGCCAAAAUACCAGGUUCCUGACGUUGGGAAAGCAAUCAGACAGGGAACGUUGCAUAUUGCCUUCCAGGCUCUCCAUCAGUUCGUGAAGGAUUAUAGCCGGCUCCCCAAACCCUGGGGAAAGACUGAUGCAGAUGUCUUAGUGACUAUUGCAAAUAAGCUCAGUGAGAAUGACCCGUCGAUUCUAAACGAAAGUCCCUUGGAUGAGGAGCUAGUGAGAAAACUGGCCUAUGUUGCUAUGGGCAACCUGAGUCCUAUCACUGCAUUUAUUGGCGGUAUCACUGCACAGGAAGUCAUGAAGGCCUGUACGGGGAAGUUCAUGCCUCUCCACCAGUGGAUGUACUUCGAUGCACUCGAGUGUUUGCCUGAGGAAAACAAAGAUUUCCCUUUAUUCGAAGAAAACUUUGCACCUAGAGGCUGCCGUUACGAUGGGCAGAUUGCUAUCUUCGGAGCUGAAUUUCAAGAGAAGCUGAAGAUGCAGAAAUACUUCCUGGUAGGGGCCGGUGCCAUUGGAUGUGAGCUCAUGAAGAACUUUGCCAUGAUUGGCUUGGGAGCAGGAGAGGGCGGGAGCAUCACAGUGACUGACAUGGACACAAUUGAACGAUCAAAUCUUAACAGGCAGUUUCUCUUCAGACCUGGCGAUGUAACGAAAAUGAAGUCUGAGGUAGCUGCAGCGGCAGUGAGAAAGAUGAACCCUUCUCUGCAAAUCAUAGCUCAUCAGAACCGUGUUGGUCCAGAGACUGAGAACAUCUACACCCAGGAUUUCUUUGAGAAUCUGAAUGGAGUGGCGAAUGCAUUGGAUAAUGUGGAAACGCGACGUUACAUGGAUAGCCUUUGUGUCUUAUACCAGAAACCACUGCUGGAGUCAGGUACUCUGGGUACGAAAGGAAAUUUUCAAGUUAUCAUUCCUCACCUUACGGAGUCCUAUUCGUCCAGUGGGGACCCUCCGGAAAAAUUCAUUCCCAUCUGUACACUCAAGAAUUUCCCCAAUGCUAUUGAGCACACAUUGCAGUGGGCCCGUGAUGAAUUUGAAGGAUUGUUCAAACAGCCAGCGGAAAACGUCAACAAGUAUUUAGAAGACCCUUCUUUUAUUGAUCAUACGAUGAAGCUACAGGAAGGUCAAGCUUUCGAAAUCCUGGAAGGUGUUUACAAGAGUCUGGAGGCCGAUAAACCCAAGUGCUGGGCUGACUGCGUGGCCUGGGCCCGAAGACGUUGGCAGACGCAGUACAGCAACAAUAUCCGGCAGCUCCUGCACAAUUUCCCACCAGACCAGGUUAUGCCUUCAGGAGUGCUUUUCUGGUCCGGUCCUAAGAGAUGUCCUCAUCCACUGGAAUUUGAUCCCAAUAAUCAUGUCCACAUGGAUUACAUCAUGGCGGCAGCCAACUUGUACGCGCAGAGUUAUUGCAUGCAGGGGUCUCAGGACAGAGCUGCAGUCCAGCAGAUACUGCUAUCAGUUGAUGUUCCUCCAUUCUCCCCCAAGUCUGGGGUCACCAUCCACACCAAUGAUGCAGAGAUGGAGGACGCUGCAAAUUUCGCAGAAAAUGAGCGUUUGCUGGAAUUGAAAACUCUCCUCUCUUGUAAGAACUUUCCUGGAUGUAAGAUGCAACCUAUUGACUUUGAGAAGGAUGACGAUACAAACUUCCACAUGGAUUUCAUUGUCGCUGCCUCAAAUUUGAGGGCUGAGAAUUAUGACAUUCCAGCUGCCGAUCGCCAUAAGAGCAAACUGAUUGCCGGAAGGAUUAUCCCAGCCAUUGCCACCACAACAGCUGCAAUCGUCGGUCUGGUGUGUUUGGAGCUGUACAAGGUUGUGCAGGGUGACAAGCCGAUAACGGCCUACAGGAAUGGCUUCAUCAACUUGGCCUUGCCUUUUUAUGCUUUCUCUGAGCCUGUCCCAGCUGGCAAACAGAAGUAUCGCGAUAAAGAAUGGACAUUGUGGGAUCACAUAGAUGUCCAAGGCAUUAAACCAAAUGGUGAAGAGAUGACAAUGGCAGAAUUCCUAGAUUAUUUUAAGAAAGUACAUGAUCUGGAGGUUAUCUUUGUCUGUCGUGUGCCCCAGAUUUUAUACGCCACGCACAUGCGUCAAGAAGUGAAGGAGAAGCACCUAUCUCAGAGAUUGUCAGAAAUUGUGAUGACGCUCAGUAAGGAAAAUAUCGAGGAGUAUGUGAAGGCCCUGAAGUUGGAGAUAGACUUUAGAACUGAAGAAGAUGAUGUUAAUUUUCCUUUUAUUUUCUACCGGUUCCGCUAAACCAAAGGAUACUGAGACUUCCUUCCAUGUACCUCUCACCCAGCCACUUGUACUUGUUCUGGAUGUAGAUUUGCUCACUGAGCUGGAAGGUUCAUUUCAAUGAACCUUCCAGCUCAGUGAGCAAACCUACAUCCAGAACCUCAACCUGAGCUAUAAAUCUUCUCAAAAGUCACUUGUACUUGUAUCCAUCACUAAUGGUCCAAUAUUUUUGAAUACUAUUGUUUUGCUUUGCUUUCCCAAAACGUAGCUAAUGAUCCGCUGAAGCACCAUAUAUAUCAGUUUAAAUUUCCACAGUUACAUGUGGACAUUUUAAUUAUCAUUGAAUGGUGAUGAAAUCAAGCAGAAAAUCUAAGUUGCACUAUCAUUUCAUUCCAGCUUCUAGUUUUGAACCUAACCCGAACUCGUGGUGAAUAUGUCCCCCAUAUCUUUCUUUCAGUUCACUGUAAAGACCCUAAUUGACAUGAAUUGGGAUAUCUGCAUUGCCAUUCUGUAGUUGUCUCAAUCACGCUAAACUGGCUCAUAAUUCAAUAAUCAGUGGCACUAAAUUGUCAGUCUCAUUCAGACCAUUUUACAUUGCCACCCAUUGCUUACAGUGUGGGAAAUGGAAGUUCCAGGUAGUAAUGCAAGAUAUUCGUCCACAGUGGAUGACUGGCAGCAGACAAAUUUUAUCUGGAUCGGAGUCCUGUUGAAAAGCAUUUCAGAGUGGAGGCCAGUUAUAAACGUGAGCAAUUCCUCAGAUACCUUUCACCAAAUGAGUCUGUAAUUAAAAUACUUUUAAUAUGAACAUAAUGCUACUGACUAAAGACUCCAACCAGCAGUUCAAACCUGGAAAUAAUAACCACAUUAAUUUUGGCAGCAUAAUUAACAACAAGUAAUGACAAAAGGUAAAGGUGAUUAGGUGGAGGAAAACAACACCAGAGAAAUCAUGUCCACUCUGAGUAGGUUGGGAUCUUGUGGUUGCUUUCAGAAAAAGAAUUUUGACACUUACCUAAUGGAUUUCAAAAUCACAAACCCAACAGAGACAAGGCAGCCUCACUCUGAAUGAUGCGCCAGUGGGAAGGCCUCAUCAUACAUAAUGUAACUGAAAUUGUUAAACCUCCCAAUGUUGUGACAAGUAUUAGAAAGUAAAUUAGCAAUAUAUUAAUUCCAGUUUAAUUUUCACAAUUUGUUGAAGCAACCAGCUUCAGUUACAAAUAAUAUUUUGCUCUGUUCUCUCCUGUAUUACCUUAAUCCUGCUUUUCUGUGUGCCCCACAUUGUUUUGUUUUGACUGCGAGAAAUAGUUGAGCUGCUCCCAAGCAUCAGUUAAUCCAGUCCUUGAGUUGAUCGAGGACUAAUUUGAGUUCCUCAGGCUCUGCCAAGUCUCCUUGGGUGACAAGAGACCAGCUAUGGGUGAAAAGCGCUUUGAUUUUACUCUGCUAACUUUUCCUGUGGGUUUGUAUUAGGAGCCUCAGCAUCUGCUGCAGGCGAUUAUAGUGAUGGAGAGCACACGGUGUAGCCACAAUAAACACAAUGCCGAGAAUAGCCCCUUUCAUUUAUGGUCACCUUGCUCUACACGUUAAUUCAUCACAUUUUCCAAAGAGGAGGAACACAUUGUGAGAGCUGUAUGAUUUUAGAAAUAACAUUUGAAAUGUGAUAGGCUUUUGAAUAGGAUCUGCUUUUAGGUAGGUCGCCUAAUGUACUUAACUCUUACAAUGCAGAAUUAAAACAGCAAUGCAAUGAUUAAUAUGAUUCCUCUGAAUUAAGUAUAUAGCUGGCUUCAACCCUUUUUGAAUUCAUCUCAUUUUGUUUCUUGAUGUAGAGACACUCCCAUUUGUAAAGAGUAAUUUUUAUAUUGAUUGUAUAUUUUGCUGCUUGCUUAACAACAACAGCGAAACCACCCCAUUCAAAAGGAAAAAAAAGCAUUUUAAUAUCCAUUUCCCCUUUGUGAAGAAAAUGUGCAGAAAUUAAUCACCAAGGCUGUGAGAACUUUGGGUUAAUUGAGACAACUUUGUUUAGUAAUAGAUGCUAACUGUUUGUAAAGUGAGGGCCAAUUCUGGUUGAGUUUGACUGUGGUUCUGCUUUGAAUCAAACUAAAGUGUAAAACUGAACAGAGGGCACACACCAGAAAAUGCUAAUGAAGAUAAAUAACUUUAGCGUGCCGUGGAAAGGAUUACACAUAUUUAUAUAAUUGUAGUGAUUACCUGUACUGGAAUUUGAAGCCAAAUAAAAUUUGUCGAACAAAACCAUUGAAGAA